CAAUCUUGCAACUUUACCUAUUACCGUGUAGCAAAGGUCAUCAAGAUAAUAGUUUAUAUAUCAGUAAGUGCAAGUAAUGUUAAGUUGUUUAGAAUAUCAAAUUAACUUAUAAACAUGGGUUUCAUAGGAAUAAUAAAGUUUUUCCUGAAAAGUUUACUUUACAUUAGUAUCUUAGGGACAAUAAUUGUAUUUAUACCAAAUCUACCACCAUUUGCUGAAAUAAAAAAGCCUAUUAAGCUAGCAAAAUUCAGAGACCUAACGGGUCCUUUAGCCCUUAAUGAAAAACUAAAAGAUAUGAAAAUAUGGCAUCAGGGUGAUCUCUCAGGUCCUGAAGGUUUUGCUGAUUAUAACGGUGAAUUAUACACUGGUUUAAACGGUGGAAAUAUUGUAAAAUUAGUUGGAGAAAGAAUUGAAUUGGUAACAAAAACAGGUAAACCUUGUAAAGGACACUACGAAGAACAUAUUUGUGGGAGACCUUUGGGUAUGGUAUUUGACAAAAAUGGAAAUAUGAUUGUAGCAGAUGCUUAUUAUGGAAUUUUGAGAAUAAAUGUAAAAACAGGUAACAAAGAGGUACUGGUUUCUCCAAAUGUUGAAAUUGAAGGUAAAAAACCAAAAUUGUUCAAUUCCGUUGCAUUGGCCAGCAAUGGAGAUAUAUAUUGGACCGAUUCUUCUACUCAGUUUGAAUUAAAUGACAUUGUAUAUGAUGUUUUGUCUGACCCUUCUGGAAGGUUAAUCCAUUAUGAUGCUAAAACUAAGAAAAACAAAGUCCUCAUUGACCAACUAAUGUUUGCGAACGGUGUACUUUUACUCAACGAUGAAGAAAUCGUAGUUGUUGGUGAAUCGUUCGGAAAUAGAUUGAAAAGGUACUAUUUGAAGGGUCCUAAGAAAGGCACCCAUGACAUAUUCAUUGAAGGUUUACCAGGUUUUGUCGAUAACUUGAAAAGUGAUGGGAAAGGUGGACUGCUUUUGUCUUUGAUUGAGUCUUACGAUGCUGAACAUCCUUCGAUAAACUACAUUUUGUAUCCUUUUCCUCGUCUCAGGAGAUUUAUAGUUAGAACAUUGGGUAUAAUUGAAUAUAUGAUGAUAACUUUGAACAGAUACUUUCCAUCGGAAAUUGCACAGAAGGCUAUAUAUCAUAUUGGGUCUUAUGGUAUGAUCAAAGGAGCACUUUCCUUUCCCCGUACCAGCUUAGUUCGCAUUUCAAAUACUGGAGAAAUCAUAGAAUCUUAUCAUACCUCUUCCAAGAACGUGAGCAUUUUUUCAGAAGCUCAUAUUUUUAAAGACAAAAUAUAUUUCGGUAGCCCCUUGAACAAUUACAUAGGAGUAUUACCAUUAAAAUCAUUGGGUUUCGAAGAACAACAGGCUACACAUAAAACUGAUACAAAGGAAGUUCCACAACAAGCAACCACACCUAAACCUACACAAGCUCCAACACAGAAACCUACACAAGCUCCAACAGCGAAACCUACACAACCUCCAAUACAAAAACCUACACAGGUUCCUGCAGCGAAACCUACACAAGCUCCAACUGCGAAACCUACACAAGCUUCAACAGCGAAACCUACACAAGCUUCAACACAAAAACCUACACAGGUUCCUGCAGCAAAACCUACACAAGCUCCAACUGCGAAACCUACACAAGCUUCAACAGCGAAACCUACACAAGCUUCAACAACGAAACCUACACAGGUUCCUGCAGCAAAACCUACACAAGCUCCAACUGCGAAACCUACACAAGCUCCAACAGCGAAACCAACCACGGGUUCGACACCUAAACCUACACAGGCUCCAACGCAGAAAUCUACUUCCGCUCCAUCAGUCAAAUCUGCUCAGGUGCCUACCCGUGUACCAACUAAACCUACUCAAGCUUCAGCUGAAAAGCCCAGUCCGGCUCCAACACCAAAACCUGUUCAGACAUCAACGGCUAAAUCUAAGCCAGCAAAACAGGAAUCGCCUGGGCAAUAAACUGGAAUUUAGCUUUUAAAGCAAAAUUUAUUUUAUCACAAUUAAACACUGCUCAACCUGCUAAAAAUUGCGUUUAAUUGUGUAUAAUCAGAAUAAUUAAUUUUAGAGUAAUGAGCGGUUCUUAAAAAUAUUUGUUACAUUAUUUAGGCUAUUGAUAUUUGAAUUUUAAAUAUGAGAAUCCUCAAGCAACUUCGUAAUUCCAUAUAAAUUGUGAUUUACAUGAUUUGUGAUAUAUGAAAAGGGGGGAAUUGGAUAAUGAUGAUUUAUACGAUUGUUAUCCGUGGGGUUAAUUACACUAUACACUACACUAACUUAUAAUAAUUCACUUAUCACUUAAAUAAUUUAUUUAAAUUCAUCGAUUACUUACUUACUGCUCUUUAUAUAUUUAUCACAAAAUAAUUCUCGAAAGUUCUAGAAAGAAACAAAUAAAUAAAUAUAAUAAAUAGAUUCUAGUAUAUCAAAGCAGGACCGGCUCCAGGGUGGAGAUUAGUUCGUAACAAUAUUAUCCGAUUCUCCAUCUUUAUAGCAGAUCUAAUUUAUUUACUUUUUAAUAUAUUUUUUAGUUAUUGGGUAUUUUGAAUAAUUUAGAUUUGGGGGUUUGUUGAUGUACGAGAUACUGUGUAAGAUGCAAUUAUUUACAAAAAAAUAUAUAUAAGUAUCUUUUCCUUCCUUUUGGAAGGAACUCGAUGAAUCUCAACAUUCUUCAGGCUUCCGAUAAGUCAAGCACAAAUCACAUUCUUGAAAUGCAUUUAUGCAGUACCAUUCCAUAUAAAAAAAUGUUUUAUUAUAUUUGUUAAUUUAUUUACUGUUAAAUGUAACAACAUGAUAAUAUGUGUGCAAUUAUUUGGUAGAAAAAAUUUUGUACUUUUUUAGACAGGUUGUAAAUUAAUAAUAGACAAACUUUUCAUAAUAAUUUAUGAUUUUCUUUUAACUUAUACGUUCACAAACAUACUCCACAUAAACAACGAAGUGGAAGAAUGGCUGAAGGAUCAAAUGGAGGAACCAGGUCUAAGACAAUGAGCAGUGUGGCAUCAGGAGUAGAUGCCGAAUGAAUGGAAGACUGCACUGACCUGCCCUGCUACUAAGAUACUGGCUAAAGUCAUUGCGAAGAGACUGGAAGCAUUAUCCGAGGCUCUUUAAGGACCGUAGUACCAGUAGAGUGUCCUGACCAUUUCCCUACAAGGAUUUUAGUAUCUUGAAGGAGUAGUAGUAACCCCUAGGGAAGUGGGACACAAAAACCUAAAAAAAUAGCCUCCUUCGGGAGGAAUCUACGUAUUUAGGAAGCAGAACAAUAAGAUAAAGAGUACAAAAUAUCUUCUAGGUAUAAGUGCAGAGUUACUGUAAAAACAAUCUAUCAAUUUUUGGAAAAUAAAACAAAAAAAAAUGUUAGUGGUUUAUUUCGAAUUUCACAAGCAAGGCUUCUACAAUUUCGAAUUACAUCGACCUUCAAUUCGAGAAGAUAUUAUAAACUAUAUAAAUAUUUAACAAUUUUUUAAAUAGUUCAACAAGCUACCAGUGAUUUAAAAAAAAUAAUUCGAUCUUAUAAACAAAUAAAAUAUAUACAGGAUGUCCAGGAACUUGAUAACAACUCGAAAUUACUAAAUUUGUUUGUAUGUCCAUACAACCUAAUUUAUAUAUACUUAUAAGUUACUUAAAAAGGGAGAUUGUCCUUUGGAGAAGUUAGUAAAGUUUCUAAAGACAUAAAAAAAACUACCACAAACUUGGUAUGUAGAGUGAUAAAUUUUACAAAAUAAUUUCUUCGAUGGGGGUCACCGAAAAAAUAAAGUUGAUAACAUCCCACACAAAGUUAUCAAAUAUAUGACAAAUCAUCUUCAUAGAAGUACUAAGAACUACCAGAACAAAGAAAAAUAUACCAAACAACUGAUAGCUGCCAUAUAAUAAUGUCAAUUUAUAUAAAAAGGUAACAAAAGGGAAUAUAGUAGCCCCCUAAUCAGUGUUCUUGAUUAAAAUAUUCUCGAAUGAAAGCUCAGAUUAAAUUUAAAAGUCAUUUCGGAGAAAUAUGGUGUGGUUUUGAUAUUUACACUCUACGGAAAAGGAAUCAAAUGAAAUUCUAAUCUUCAACUUGAUCAGAGCAUUCGGUUUAGUUCUAUAGAAUGAAUUAUGGAUGGUUUUUCAAAAUGUACUCAAAAGGGUUUGAAACUAUUACAAAAUAAGUCGCAAUCAGAAACAGGGAUUUCUUCUUCUUUUCCACCAUCAGAGUUAGGAGAGGAAUAUAUCACCCUGCUUAUUCCUAUAACUUCAUUACAAAUCAGAACCAGUUUCAGCUAGUACUUGUUAACAGUCAUGUAACUUUAUAAUAUCAUUAUUUUAAAAAUAAGGAAACUGAUGAAUUUGAUAACAAAGGACAACAGUUUAAUUUGUAAGUGGAACUUUGUAAGUAGAACACUAUCUGUAGUUUACGUUUAACUGGAAUUUUUGGACACCCUGUACAUUAAAAAUAUCAUAAAUAAUAAA